GAAUCGAGGAGGAGCGUGAUUCCAGAAAUUUGCUGUAAGGAGGGAAAGGGUAUGGUGUGGAAGUGGGUCCCUUAAUUCGGACGUUUUCUUUUUCACAUUCACUUCGUAAGUCCCACCUCUACCUCCACCUCUACCUCUCUGUGUCCGUAACCACCACCCCGCUCUAUCUUCUCCCUAAAAGCAUCAGUUACUCUGUCUUUUCUAAUAUAUUCUCUCUCCACAUUUUCUCCUUUGCCUCAGAUCUCUCUCUCACGAGUCCUCAGUCUCUCUGAGAUCGCCUGAUCGACCUUGUCCAGAUGAUCCAUUUGAGGGCCUUGGCGAAGUAGUUCGCCUCGAACCUAAAUCAAAGUUGCGCGUUUCGAGGCCAAUUCUUGCUGGUCAUUUUAUUGGAAUUCUUCAAACGCAAGCCCUGGGUAUAAGAUCUAUUUUACUGGAAAAUGUUGGGAGCCAACAAUGGAAAUGCAGCAGACCCUGUUUUUCUUAAUCAAAGUCAUUUCCAGUAUCCUGCCAAUGCAUCAAAUCAGCUUCAGUUAUUUGAAAAUCUACCAGUUGGAUGUAAUGUUGAUCAAAUAAAUUAUUUUGGAAGUGAGCAUACUAUCCCCGUGUUUCGGCCUAAUAAACGAGGCCGGGGAGAAGAAGACAUUUCAAGACAGCGGAAGCUACAGAUUUCCUUGAAUCACAAUGUCUAUCAUGAUGAAGCUGAUCCAUCAGCAAACAUUCCAAAUCAGAAUCCUGUGUCAACCGGUUUAAGGCUGUCAUACGACGAUGAUGAACACAAUUCCUCUGUUACUUCGGCAAGUGGAAGUAUGAUGGCACGGUCAUCAGUUAUCUUGUCUUUAAGUGACAACAUUAGGACUGAACUUGACCGUCAGAAAGAAGAAUUUGUUCAGUAUAUUAAGACUCAGGAAAUAAAUUUAAUGAAUGGAGUAAAGGACAUUAAGCAGAGACACGUGGCUACUUUUCUGACCGCUCUAGAGAAAGGUGUUGGUGAGAAGUUGCGUGAGAAAGAUCUUGAGCUAGAGAACAUAAAUCACAAGAACAGGGAGCUAGUUGAGAAAAUGAAGCAGGUGGCAAUGGAAGCCAAAAAUUGGUGCUACAAGGCUAAGUACAAUGAGUCAGUUGUUAACAUCUUGAAAACAAACCUCCAGCAAGCGCUAAAUGGUGCUGACAAAGGGAAAGAAGGAUUUGGAGACUCUGACAUAGAUGAUGCUGCCUCCUGCAUAGACCCAAACAACUACCUCAACGCUGCCAGUGGAGCUGGGAAGUUGAUUUCUUUGAAUGGUAAUAUGAUUUGCAGAGCAUGCAAGGGUAAGGAGGUGUCCAUCUUGUUGAUGCCUUGUAGACACUUGUGUUUGUGUACAGAUUGUGAAGGGUUAGUCAGUGUUUGCCCUGUAUGCCAGUUGAUGAAAACGGCCAGUGUCCAGGUGUACUUGUCUUAAAAUAUCAUACCGUAAAGUUGAAAAAAAAAUUGCACACUUUUCAGAUCUCUUAUUUACAUUGGCAUUUCUUUCCUUAUUAUUAUGCAAUGUAUGUGGAUUACUUCCUCAAUUUGGAAAAUGGUGUUUGGAUAGUUUUUCGUCUAGG